CAACAGGCUGCGCUCUUCUUUGCCUCUUUGCACGACAUGUAGAAUGGCUAAAUUGCAGGCGGCGACUGUGUCGCGCCAGCCUGUCAAUCGCAAGCGAAAGCACAGGACGCAGGAAGACGAGUCGCAGGCGACACAGUCCGACAGUACUCCCAACACCCCAACUACCGCAGACACAAUUACCACAAAGACAACCACAACGGUGCCUACCAAAACCCAUGAUGGUGGACCAAAGCCACGAAGGACGAAAGCUAACUCCAAACCAACUUUGGUCCGAAAAGGCUCCUCUUCUAAUCUUGUUGAGUCAGACAUACCCUGGCCUGAGCACUUCAAGUAUCUGAAUUUGCUACACAAAGCCUUGAACGUUGUCUACACGUUCUGCUGUACUCGCAAGCACUUUGCCACUACAUGGGACAACAUAAAGUCUGCAGUGGAGGGACACAUAAAAAGACCGUUGAAAGAAGAAGAUGUGGCGCAGGUGAAAGCUAUAAUACCCCGGGCCAUCAACUUCGUCUAUGUCGACGAAGAGCACUUGAUGGUUACAAUCAUGGGCGAGGAAGACGGAAUCAAGGGUGGCAGAGCAGAUCACUUCAGAUCAUUGGCGGAAGAUGAAAAUGGUCGCGACGAGCAGUCAGGGACACCCAAAGAGUUACUCCUUUUUGAGUUCGUCGAUGGAGACCUCAAGCGACAAGUGAUCGAUCCAAAGACAGGAGAACCAACCAAGGCCACCCAAAAGCUACGAAAUGAAGAUCUAAAGAUGCCCGUUUUCAGCCAAAAGUCGAUGUUGAAGCUGAUCGAAAAGCGCAAUUUGAAAUUCACUUCUGCCGUAAAUGCCUUCCUCAAUCAAUGCGCCGAGGAGCGGACAGAUGCCACGGAGAAAAUCAUGGAACUGAAGCAACAGUACAUACCUGUUCCUUCUUCCAGUAGAGCCACUACGCCUGCUCCUGAUACCAAUGGCUUGCCAAAAACCAUUCCCAAAGAUCGGAAAUCAAUCUCAGAGAUCGUACAAGAAAUCACCGAACUUGAAUGGUACACUCAACAGAUUGUACCGGAUGGCCAUCGUGUUUUCGAUCCGCAGCCCGCCAUUUACGGAGACCUUAACUUUCGGUUGUCUCAAAAUCUGGUCAAUGCCCUCUACAACAACAAGGGUAUAACUCAACUUUAUUCGCAUCAGGCUGAGGCUAUAAACAACUUGCAUGAUGGACAUCAUGUCAUUGUCUCCACCUCUACAAGCUCCGGCAAAUCCUUGAUCUACCAAAUUCCCAUGCUUCAUGAGCUCGAAAAGGACCCCGAAAGCCGCGGCAUGUACAUAUUUCCAACGAAGGCUCUCGCGCAAGAUCAGCGAAGAAGCAUGAAGGAGCUCCUGGGAUACAUACCUGGCCUCGAGCAUACCAUUGUGGAAACCUUUGAUGGAGACACCCCAAUGAACGCGAGAAAUUCCAUACGGGAUGAAGGCAGAAUCAUAUUUACCAAUCCAGAUAUGCUGCACAUCACUAUUCUACCGCAAGAAAGCGGUUGGCGGACAUUCCUUCAGAACCUGAAAUAUGUUGUCGUGGACGAAUUGCACGUUUACAAUGGACUGUUUGGCGCCCAUGUGGCUUUCAUAAUGCGCCGACUACGAAGAAUAUGCGCAGCGGUGGGAAACCGCAAGGUCAAGUUUAUCUCUUGUUCAGCUACGGUGGCGAAUCCUGAAGAGCAUAUGAAAACUAUUUUCGGUGUAGACAAGGUGAAGCCGACUGAUUUUGACGGAUCUCCAUCCGGGCGGAAAGAAUUCGUCUGCUGGAAUACACCGUACAAGGACCCAGGUGACCCCUCGUCCGGUCGAGGGGAUACAUUUGCAGAGACAGCUCGACUAGUUUGCCAACUCAUUCUGCGUGGUGUCCGAACCAUUGCCUUUUGUCGUAUACGAAAGCAGUGUGAGGUGCUCCUGGCCGCCGUAAAAGCCGAGUUCACCAACCUCGAAAGACCAGAGUGUGCGGCUCUCGUCAUGGGUUACCGUGGCGGUUAUUCGGCUCAAGACCGUCGUCGGAUCGAAUCAGAAAUGUUCGGUGGCAAGCUCAUGGGCAUAAUCGCGACAACCGCUCUAGAACUUGGCGUCGACAUCGGCUCUCUCGACGCGGUCGUCACAAUGGGGUUCCCUUACACCAUUGCUAACCUGCGACAACAAAGUGGUCGAGCCGGGCGACGUAAUCGAGACUCCCUCUCCGUCCUUGUGGGAGAUUGUUUUCCCGUCGACCAGUACUACAUGCAGAACCCAGAUGAGAUCUUCACCAAACCCAAUUGCGAACUCCAAGUCGACCUGCAGAAUGAACUCGUGGUCGAAGGACACAUGCAGUGUGCGGCGUACGAGAUGCCAAUCAAGCCAGAUGAAGACGUCAAAUUCCUCGGAAAAAUGCUGCCGGAAAUAUGCACUGAGCGGCUCAGUUAUGAUCCCUUGGGCUUCUAUCACUGUAACGAGCGGUUUCGGCCUUUGCCCUCGAAAUGCGUGGCCAUCCGCGACACCGAAGACGAGCACUUCGCCGUGAUCGACAUCUCGCAUGGGCGCAAUAUUGUUCUCGAAGAAGUCGAGGCCUCCCGCGCCUUCUUCACCCUCUACGACGGUGGUAUCUUUUUGCACCAGGGGCGGACGUACAUGGUCAAAGAGUUCUCGCCCGAGAGGAAGAUCGCCCGGGUCCAGCUUGUCAAAGUAGACUGGACGACGCAGCAGCGAGACUUUACUGACGUCGACCCCAUCGAGACGGAGCAGGUCCGCCGCGUGAGCGAGAAGUCGUUGACAAAGGCCUUCUUUGGCAAAAUAAAGGUCAAGGCCGUCGUGUUCGGAUUCUUCAAGAUCGAUCAGAAACGUCGUAUCCUGGACGCCGUCGCGGUCGAUAACCCGCCCGUCAUCAUCUACUCACGUGGCCUGUGGCUGGACGUUCCGAAAUACGCCCUGCAGAUCCUGAAGGACAAACGACUCAACCUCGCGGCCGGCAUCCACGCGGCGGAACAUGCGCUCAUGAGCCUCAUGCCGCAGUUCGUGGUGAGCAUGCCUGGUGACGUGCGGACCGAAUGCAAGAACGCGCUCAAGGAAUUUGCGAAGAAGGAAACCCAGCGGAAACGCCCUGCACGACUGACCUUCUACGACGCAAAGGGAGGAGCCGCAGGGUCGGGCAUCGCAGCGAAGGCGUUUGAGUUUAUCGACAUGUUGCUCGAGAGGGCCGUGCAGCGCGUGGCGGCGUGUCAUUGUCUCGAAGGGUGUACCGAGUGUAUUUGUGACGAGAGGUGCAAAGAGAAGAACAUGAUUAUGAGCAAGGCCGGCGCUGAAGUCAUCUUGAAGAGUCUGAUCGGUGCCGAGAUCGACAUCGAUGCCUUGCCCGAGGGCGAGGAGGAGAGAGUCCCUGCCGGAGUCGAGACGGUUGUAUUUGCGGACGAGGUCAUGGGUCACAACGGACGACGGGUUGAGGAAAAGGGGUUCAUCAAGCGAGAGAAGGAUGAUGAUGAGUGUAUCAUCAUCAAGGACGAGCCGGACGAUUAAAUAAGUCGCCAACCAUCAAGACUUGGAUUGUUAUGUACGAAUAUUACGACCAUUAUGAAUGUAACAUCUCAAAAAUAUACAAUCUUACAGUAAGAUAGAUAGAUGUCCGUUGGCCAAAGUCUAUCUGCAAGAACUCUACU